GGAUUGUCAGAAGGUCUGACAGGCUUUGCGAGCUUCCAAGAGGCGCAUGCAGUGCUUUGACCUCUUAUUUGGCGACGCAGGGAGGUGAAGAAGCUUGAUUUCCGUUCUCCGACCGGCGACACCAUGGUUUCGCUGUGUCGACUUUGAGGGCCAUUCGCACACCAGGCGCCGGUCCCGUCAGAUGAGCAAGGACAGUGGUAUGUGAGAAGAAGGUUGGUCGGCGAUAUGACACAAUCGGCCCUCUUGCGGCCCGUUUGGUAAUCGUCGUUCGCGUCAUGCACCGCGGUCCCCGACCCCAUGCAACGUCGUGCUCGACAGGCAAUUCUUGUCGACUGUCUAUUCUUGGAUAUUGAAAUUCUUGCACGUCCUAUCAGUCAUGAACCGUCGCACGCACUGGCACCACCGGAGCAGUUGCAAGGACCUGAUGAGUUACACUCCACCAACAAUGUAUCGCAGGCGCUAUGGCGAUAUAUGAAGGUGGAGGCUGCGCUUGGUGAGCACCGAAUUGCGAAUGGCGCUCUUUGAUGCUGCUAACGGUGCUAAAUCGCUCCUAGUAGAGACAUGGGUGAAGAUCAAGGGACCGAGGAAACGCACAG